ACCCCCAAGUUAAACGUAUCUGAUCCAAGCCCAAUUUGCUCCACUGGGGGCUUCUCUUGGUCGAGAUCUGAAUUAUAUACAGCUGCGAGUUGCUCUCUCAAGUGGUUGCUGGCCGCAGUCUGGUCGCGCGAUAUCGUGAUGUGCCUUGCAACAGAGAAGCCGGAAAGAAGAAGUUCCUCGUUCGGGGAGGCUUCGCUUUCUUCUGGCUGUUCGAGAUUGUUGUUACUCACGCCUCGCCCGAUCUCUCCGAUACCGAUUUCGAUUGAGGAGGACCGAAUGCUUCCUCUAAUUGUUCUUCUUCUCCCUUGGGUUUACUGUCCGUCCCACCUCCAGUAUUGUAAAUCGAUGUCCCCGCUGGUUGGGACUGAUCAGAGUGUUCGUCGCCGCCCGAAUACGCGCUUUCAGCUUCGUUCACGAGGCUGGAGCUCUCUUCGCGAUCUCUAUCCAAACUACUUGCGCUCUGUGAAUCGUGAGGAGAGAUAUGAUCGGACGCGCACCAGAUUGCGGUUCGCGAAUAACGCCCAGCAUCCAUUUAAUUUCGAAUGGUAGGCUGUGAUGGCUGACGUCAGGAGACCGGGAAUCUGAGCUCGCAGGGAGGCGGGUGAGCAUGGAUGGAGAGACUAUCGAUGGUCACUAGCUGUAGUGAAUAGUCUCAUCGUACGAAAAGGUCCAUCGGUAUAUCAUUAAGAAGUAUGAAGGCGAUAG